AUGACCGAGCCAGAGGAUGUUGAAGAAGACCUGUUUGCAGAUCUGUAUGAUGUGGAUGAGACCGCGCACCAACCAACUUCAACCGUUGAUGCCCCAGCUGCCUCGGAGCCUAUAGCUUCGGUCCUCCCGACUCAGUCGGCUGGUCUUGCUGCAACACAUGCCUCCGAAGCCUCUCAUAUUGAAACGGAAGACAUUCGCGGUGUACACCAACAGCUCCUACAGGAUGGAGCUCACCAACAUGGCACAGGCAAUUUAGAUUCUGGAUUCGCCAAUAAUAUCACUCCUAUGUCGGGGGAAACAGAGCAUCACGGAACCGGGAUCAAAGAAGAUGGGAAGAUGUUUAUUGGCGGUCUCAACUGGGAAACAACUGACCAAUCCCUAAAGGACUACUUUUCUCAGUUCGGAGAGGUACAGGAAUGCACCGUGAUGCGAGACAGUGCUACAGGUCGCUCUAGAGGCUUUGGUUUCUUAACUUUUAGAGACCCUAAGACCGUCAAUACUGUCAUGGUCAAGGAGCAUUACUUGGAUGGAAAAAUUAUCGAUCCGAAGCGUGCAAUCCCUCGUGACGAACAAGAAAAGACAAGCAAAAUCUUCGUUGGUGGCGUUAGCCAAGAAGCUAAUGAACAAGACUUCAAACAAUUUUUCAUGCAAUUUGGUCGUGUGAUCGAUGCUACUUUGAUGAUCGACAAGGACACUGGUCGGCCUCGCGGCUUUGGCUUUGUGACAUUUGACAGUGAGGCUGCUGUUGAAGCAGCACUCUCGCGUCCUUUAGAGAUUCUCGGUAAGCCUAUUGAGGUUAAGAAGGCUCAACCGCGUGGUAAUCUGCGGGACGAAGAGGAUCGUAGGAACCGCCGUGGCAGAGACGGUUUCCGCGAGGGAAGUCAAAUUGGCAGCGAUGGUUCUCAGCAACAAGGCUCUCAAGGGCCGGCUGGCAUGCCUGGUGGCUUGACUCCACAAAUGAUGGCGCAGUAUUGGCAACGGAUGCAGCAGUAUUUUGCUUUAAUGCAGCAACAGAUGGCCGUUGCCGCUCAGGGCCAAGGCAUCGGCGCAAUGGGCAUGGGUGGAAUGAACCCGGCUAUGAUGCAACAGAUGCAGAUGAAGCAGAUGCAACAGAUGCAAAUGAGCAAUAAUCAACAACAGGGAAGCAUGAGUCCUCCAUCGCAGAGUCAGACCCCUCAAAUGCAGAAUAUGAUGAAUCCUACCCUUAUGCAGCAGAUGCAGCAGAUGCAAAACCAAGGUCAAGGAGGACAGAUGGGGAAUGCUAUGAACAUAGGGGGCAGUAGUCCUGGAAACGUGAACAUGAGUGGAAAUUAUUCAGGACCUCGUGGAGGCCCAGGCUACAACGCUCAUGAGCAGAUUGCCUUUGAACAACAGAAGUAUGAACAGCAGCAGGCUCGUCGGGCCAUGGAAAACCGGGCGUUCUCUCCCUAUCAACAGGGCGGUCCAACUUCCUGGGAAGGUAUGUACGAUGAAGUGCCCCAGCCCAACAUCCCCACGGGACCGCAAGCCAUGAACCGAGCUGGCAGUAUGGGACGUGGACCGACGCCUCAGCCUCAGAGUGCCGCACCAGCCAACGCUCCAACUGGGCCCAAGAAUGCUGGGAAACCUGGAGCAAAUUACCGAGGUGGAGGUCGCGGCGGCCAUCGUGGCUUUCAUCCUUAUUCUCGUGGUUGA